UGACGGAAGACCGAAUGCACUGGAGUAUCAGCGAAUUUCUCGGAGUUACUUCGUUAGACGUCAAAUCCAGCGAUAAGCUCCCAUUUGACAGAAGGUUUCUUUGAAAUUAGAUUUUACCAGCACUUCUCAGAAGCGGAUAAUAAGAAGAAAAGAAAAACGAAAGUAUCACAUUAAGAUGAGGCUGCACGAACAACGUUGGUGACAAUCAGAUGAUUCGGAGAUCGAGAUCUAAACACCAUCUUCACUUUCAAUUAGCCUUACGUUAAUUAAUCUUAAGAAUAUCCCGAAGAAAUGGCGAAUCCGGGCAACAGGAUCGUCGUCUUAAUCGACAUGGACUGCUUCUUCUGUCAGGUUGAAACUAAGCUGCAACCACAAUACCAGGGAAAACCCCUCGCUGUCGUCCAAUAUAAUCCGUGGAAAAUGGGCGGGAUAAUAGCUGUUAAUUACGAAGCACGGAGUUUUGGAGUAACUAGGCAUAUGAGAGGCAAAGAGGCUAAAGAGAAGUGUCCAGAUAUAGUUUUAGCUAGUGUUCCAUGUCUUCGUGGAAAAGCAGAUACAUCCAGAUAUAGAAAAGCUGGUCGCGAGGUCAUUCAAGUUAUAAAAAAACAUUGCAACGUGAUAGAGCGUGCUAGUGUCGACGAGGCAUAUCUUGAUAUUACAGAUAUUGUUGAUAAGAGAUUAGCUACAUCUAAAGUUUCUCCAAAAGAAGUAAUAUUAUCUCUGGCAAAUACAUAUGUCGUAGGAUAUUCCGAAGUUGGUAAAAAUGAUGAAGAAGAGAGAUAUCAAGGGCUGCAAACUUGGAUACUAGAUUCGUUUAACGAAUUGCAUGAUAUUCAAACUCAAAGACUCGCUGUAGCUGGUAUAAUGGUUGAAGAAAUGAGAGAAAGUAUAUAUAGAGAAACUGGAUUCAGAUGUUCUGCCGGAAUUGCACAAAACAAGAUAUUGGCAAAACUGGCAUGUGGAUUACACAAACCAAAUCGCCAAACAAUUUUACCCGAAGUAGCUGUUUCAAGCCUUUACUCAACACUUCCAAUAAAAAAGGUCCGAAAUCUCGGUGGAAAGUUCGGUGACAACGUGAUCGAGUCUCUCGGUUGCAACGUUAUGGGAGACUUGAUGCAAUACUCUUUGGAACAGUUGCAAAAGCACUUUGACGAAAAGACAGGAUUUUGGCUGUACAAUAUUGCUCGAGGCAUAGAUGAUGAACCUGUCACUAAUAGACUAUUGGCAAAGUCUAUCGGGGCAUGUAAACAGUUUCCUGGGAAACAAGCUAUUACCUCGCUGGAAAUGUUAAAGCACUGGGCUGGCGAUCUGGCAGCGGAAGUUUGUGAACGGCUUGAAGAAGACUUCGUGGAGAAUCAGCGACGCGCAACGUUACUCGUAAUCUCAUAUCACUAUUAUCAGAACAAAAGUACGAUAUCUCAAACGCGUUCGCUUACUUUGAAUUCAUAUAAACUGGAAAAAAUGGCAUGUCAAUGCGUGGACGUUAUCAGCAAGUUUCUGCAGCAUCCAAUAGUAUUUGUGGGCAUUUCUGCAACUAAAUUCGUACCAUCGAAAGAGAGUGGUAGCUUUCUGAAAUUUUUUCAAAAUGUUAAACCGAAAGAUAAAGAAGUCACGUUAGAUUCGUUUGGAAAUGUAACAAACUCUAAUUCGUCUAAUUCAAAAGUGAAAGAAGAGUUGCCAUUGUGUACUAUUGUCAAUGGCAAAGAAGUUUCUUCAUUAUUGAAAACUGAAAAGCAGAAGCCUCAAAGAAUCGAAGAACCUUCUCAAAAAUCGAUAAAAAAAUUCAUCGUAAAGAAUAAUGAAGAAAUGAUGAAAGGAAGUAAGAACAUCGUCAAUAACUUAAAUACGAGCGCGGAAGAUUCGCCUACAUCAAAAAGAGUUUCCAAGCUGAUUCAAGUAUGCAACGAGCGCGACAAGAAUAAGACAAGGAACAAACGUUUAUCAGGCGUGGUAAUAAAUAAUAACGAUUUUCAAGAUUCGUUUUUUAUGAACAUAUACAAGACAGAAGAGAAAAAAUGUUACGGUAAUAUGGACGAAAGUGCUAAUGCUCUGCACGAAUCAAAAUGCAGAAAACAAUUGAUUGCAUCUGAUGCAAGUGAAAAAAACGUGGAUGAUGAGAACAUCGAUGAUUACAGUGUAGAUUUACGCUUACAAAGGGAUGCUUGUGAAAUACCUUCUACAAGCCGUAUGCAUACUCGUAUAAAUAACAAUAAUGAAGAACCUACCGACGAAAGAAACGAAAGAACUUUCGUGCAAGAACCUUUGGUGCGAUUGCAAGAGAUAUUUCCGGAUUUGGAUGAUAUAGAUUCAGAUAUUCUGUCCAUGUUGCCGGCCGAUUUACAGGAGCAAGCGAGGCUGUACAUGAAAUCGCAAGGAAAGAAGCAGGAAAACGUUAAAGUCGCUCGAGAAUUGUCGAAGACGAGAAAAGGGAGACCAAGCAAGGCCAAGCUCGCUGAUAAAAAGGGCAAAAGACGUAGUCCCCUGUAUAAUUUUUUGAUCAAGACCAACUCAGGCAAGCACGAUGUGCCUUUGGAGCGGUGCACCGAGUGCGGUCAAAUGAUACCUGUGAAGAGGUUCAGCGAACACAUGGAUUUCCACAUCGCGCAAAACUUGUAUCGUGAGAUUAACAAACCCACGUCGGGUGAAAACGGAACGAAAAGGAAACUUGAGGACGAUGAGGUGGUUGUUGCUUUCGUGAAGCGUCAAACGUCGAACAUCUGUGAACCUGAUAAGAUUCUUGAUCAGUAACUACAUUUUUUACAUGACCAUGCUUGUGAAUCCGAUAUUUUUCGAUAUUUUAUUAUUAACAAUUUAUCUUUUAAUGAUGAUGGCAUUAUGUUUUUAUUGUGAUUGCAAAAAUUGUAGGCAAAUGUUUUAUGUGUAUAUUUUAUAUGUAUAUAUAUGUAUAUUUGUUUUUAAUUAAAAAAGCUUAUAUAUGCUUGAGUUUUUAUAAAAUAUAUAAUAAAUCAUUGAAAUAUAUUAACAUUUGAA